AUGAGCAUUCCAGGGACCAGCGAUCCGUUCGACCAGGUACUGCACGAUACUGGCGAUCAAACUUCUCGCUUGCUGCAAUACCUCGAUCACGGACACGAGCUGGACGAUGAAAUCAAAGACAUCAUAAGGGACGUCGACGAGACGGUGCAAGAACUGGAUCGGAGCAUCGUUGUAAUGCGAAAAAGCGCACAGCUCGACGAAAGAACGAUUGGAAACCGAGAGGCUAGCGUGGACGCGCUCAAGCGAGAAGUGGCGCGGUUGAAAGCCCUUGCGGCGCGAAACGCAUCUACGAAGUCUAGUAGACCCGCCGAAGAUUUGGAUCUUGAACAAGAUGCCGCGGGGGACGAAGAAGGCGGCGGGGACCACGAUUUGGUGCAGCAGGAGCUUCUUCGGGAACAGGACGUGCAUCUGGACUCCAUUCAGAACACCAUGCAGAACCUGCAUUUGCAGGCUACCACGAUGGGACAAGAGCUCGAGGAUCAAGGCGUGAUCUUGGAAGAGAUGGACACGGGCGUCGACAACGUGGUGAGCAAGCUUGCACGGGGCCGGCGCCAGCUGGAGUGGGUCUACGAGAAAAACAAAGAGAGAUACAACGACUGCUGUAUCGGCCUGCUGAUUGUCGUGUUGAUUGUGUUACUUGUUCUAGCCUUUGUGCUGUGA